AUGCCAGGGAAGUGCCGUCUCACCCCCUCUUGUCUCCUCACUGUGCCGCAGCUCCUGAUUGCUCGCCGGAGAAGAACCAGCUGCUACUUCUACCCCCGUGCUUGGCCCAGCCUCAGGAGCGCAGACUGGUGGGAGCGGGUGGUCCUGAAGGAGUUUGGGCCUCAGGACUGGCUGGAGAAGUUUCGGAUGUCCAAGGAGACCUUCUUCUAUGUCUGCAACCGGCUGCGGCCUGGGCUGGCCCCGCACAGCACCCACUUCCACCCUGCCCUGCCCCUGGAGAAGAGGGUGGCCGUGGCCCUGUGGCACUUGGCCACCAACGUGGAGUACCAGACUCUCAGCCCACUCUUCGGUGUGGGGCCCUCCACAGUGCAGACGUGCGUCCGGGAGGUGAGCUAUGCUGUUGUCUUGCUGCUGAAGCCCCUCUACCUCCGGCUGCCCAACGAGAAGGAGCUGGAGAACAUGGUGCGCAUCUUCCGCACCCGCUGGGGCUUCCCGCACUGCAUCGGGGCCCUGGACAGUCUUCACAUCCCCAUCCACCCGCCCCUGCGCCUCAGCGCCGACUACUGCAACGGCCAGGGCUGGCACUCCAUCCUGACACAGGCCACCGUGGAUGGGCUGGGUCAGUUCUGGGACGUCUCCACCGCCUUCCCGGGCAGCAUGGAGAACAGCGCAGUCCUGGAGAGCUCCAGCCUGUGGGUGCUGGCCAAGGAGGGCCGGCUGUGCCCCAACCCUCCCAAGCACUUCAUGGGAAAGGCACAGAAGUACGUGCUGCUGGGCGAUGCCACCUACCCCUUGCAAGACUGGAUCCUCAAGCCCUACCAGGAGGAUGAGAAGCUCACCCAGCGGCAGCUGCAGUUCAACUACCGCCUGAAGCGAGCGCACAGCGUGAUCGAGAACGCCUUCCUGCGCCUGAAGGCGCGCUGGCAGAUCCUCCUCAAGUGUGACGACUGCAGCCUGGAGCUGCUGCCCACCCUGGUCCUUGCCUGCUGCAUCCGCCUGGGAAGCCCACGCCACCCCCUCCAACGAGGAGUGGCUGGAGGGCACCGAGCCCACCGAGCUGCCCAGGCCCUGCCAGCCCGCGCCCGCGGCCAUGGAGGACGGGCGGGCCGAGCAAGUGAAGCUCUGGGUGCAAUCGGGAACCCCGAUGUGCUGGAUGUCUUGAAGCGCUAUUCAGAGGAUCCUGUGGUUGAGGUGGCAGAGACGUGUCAGCUGGCAGUGAAGAGGCUGGAGUGGCUGCAGGAGAACAAGCAGGAUCCAGGCUCCAGCCCCUACCUCUCCGUGGAUCCUGCCCCACCUGCCGAGGAGACGGACGUGGCCGAGCUCCGCAGGGCCCUCCUGGACGAGUCCCGCCCGCUGUUCGAGCGCUACCGGGCCAUGUUUGCCCUGCGGAACCUGGGGGGCCCGGCGGCCGCGCUGGCGCUGGCGGAGGGGCUGCGUGCGGGCAGCGCUCUGUUCCGCCACGAGAUCGGGUACGUGCUGGGGCAGCUGCAGCACGAGGCCUGUGUCCCGCAGCUGACGGCCUGGCCGCGCAGCCGCUCCGAGAGCCCCAUGGUGCGGCACGAGUGCGCCGAGGCCCUGGGCGCCAUCGCCCGCCCCUCCUGCCUGGAGACCCUGCGCGCCUUCGCCCAGGACGAGGAGCGCGUGGUGCGGGAGAGCUGCCAGGUGGCUCUGGACAUGUACGAGUACGAGAACGGUGCCCAGUUCCAGUACGCCGAUGGGCUCUGCAAGCUGCAGGCCCCUGCCUGA